AGAAGGAAGAGAGUUCGCAGAGAGAGGAAAGUCUGUUGACAGCAGAAAUCUUACAUAGGCCACUGAUAAGUUUCAGCACAUUAUCUGUGUCAGGAAACCUUUCCGGGAUUGCACUCUGGUAUUUGGACCAAGCAGGAGCUCUCAAGGUAUGGAAUAUGGCAACAACUGAAACGCAGCUUAUGUUAAGCGUCGGGUUAAUCGAGAAAGAUGUGAAUGGAGACACACUGUGGGUGUGGUGCUAUCCCUCCGUGGACUCAGAACUGAGGCAAGUCCUGCUCAGCAAAUGCUGUCUGACGCAGGGCGGCCGGGAUUUCCACACCUUUGUGUUUGGCCAGUUCUGUCGUACUUGGUACUACAUUACAACAGUGGAGGUACAGGAACCUACAGCACUAAACAAGGUCACUCAUUUUUCAAUAGUUGUUACAGCAAAAGACUUCAACCCUGAGAAGUAUGCUGCACUUAGCAGAAUACUCUGCAGGAUGUACAUCAAACAUGGCAGUCCUGUGAAGAUGAUGGAGGCUUACAUCACUGUUCUCACAAAAGGAAUUUGUCAGAGCGAUGAAAAUGGCUCGUUCCUCAUUAAGGACUAUGAUGUACGGAAGGCGUAUCUGGCCGGUUCAAUCAAAGAUGUGGUGUCUCAGUUUGGUAUGGAGACUAUCAUCCUGUAUACUGCUCUCAUGCUGAAGAAGAGGAUCAUAGUCCAUCACCCUCGUAUUGAAGCUUUGUUGGAGUUUACAAGAGUUCUGCCAGCUCUGACGUGGCACAGGAAAGACUGGUCCAUCCUGCACCCGUACGUGCACCUGACUGAUGUUGAACUGGAGGAUUUAAAGAAAUGCCCUGGGUAUGUGGCAGGAUUUGUAGAUCCCGAAGUGAGCAACAGAUCGGACUUGUUUGAUGUGUAUGUGAACCUCCCUGACAGUGUCAUCACAGUAUCCCAGAGUGCCAAAGAGGCCAUGGCUAUGGGGAAGUUACACAAGGACGUCGGUCACCUUAUCGUCCAGUCUGCAGAAGACACUGAGAGGUCAGACAGUCAGGUGAUUAAGGACAUCUCUGUCAAGACAAAAGAGAUCCUCGCCAACUUGGUCGCCCUGGCUGACGAGUGUGAAGACUCCAAGAUCACACUGGAAGGUUUAAAGCAGCAUCAUUUCCCUUCGGCGACAGAGAACUUCCUCUUUCAUUUGGCAGCUGCCGAGCAACUCUUAAGGAUAUAAACCCGUUGCUGUACUGCGGGAUGUCGUUACUGUCAGCAGCAUGGAUUCUUGCUGUGCUGUUUUGUAUAUAUUGGGAUAAUUACUGUUCUGAAAGGCUUGUGCAGACUCUGGAGGUUAUUAUGAGAGUAUGCACAAGACACAGAAAGUGUCACUAGCAUCAAAUUUUAGCUUACGCUGUUGUGCUAACACGACACGACUCACAUCUUGUACCAAUAUAUCAUAGAAUUAAAGUUUAAUUAUGACAAUAUUUUAUAUUUUUACUUAUUGCCAACAAAUCCCAUGAAAAGGUUUAAACCAACCAGGAACUGAUUCUGCAGUAUAAGUAUUGCUUGUGUAGUCAAUAUCUCAUUCCUCUGAACCAUGAAACACAUCAACAAGCCACACUGUUACACUGGUGACAUGUUCCUUCAUUAUGACCAACACCGGCACUGUAGUUAAUUUUGAGUCAGUCCCCCAUAUGAAGUCCAGAUGCUGUUGAUACUCACUGAAACACCAAAUGUGUAUUAACCCACAGCUGAAAAUAGUCCCCAGUGAAUACACUGUAUAGCAAUAAACAGUGCAGCCUUUGGAGCCUUUUUUUUUUUUUUUAAUGAAACUGUAUAUUUUGACUUGAUUUCCAGAAGAAUUGAAUGGACUUGGGGCUUAGUACCACAGACAGGUUAGGGAAGUUGUAAAUUAUACAAAGACAGACUAACAGACAACUGACUGUUGAUUUAGGUCUUUUCAUGGUAUUUGUUGACAAAAAAGAUAAAUUUAAUAUAAUAGUCAUAUCCUUUAACAUUAGUAGUUAAUACAAUAAGGUAUUCGUCUCAGAUGUCAUGGAAUUGACAUAAAUAAGCUGGUACUGUUUCAGCUGGUACAUCUGAUAGGGUUUUACUUUCACUUUCUUUGUCAGCUUCCCAACAUCACAAAUCUUGUUUUUUGGUUUGAAACAACUCAUUGUAAAGAGUCAGACUAAGAUAUAUUUGCGUGGUAACAACAGCUGAAAUGACUCAGAUGUGAUGAGUGCUCAUUAAGGACUUAGUUGGUGGAAGCUGCAUUGUUCGUGGUUAUCAGAUCACAACUGCAAGAGGCAUUGCACAACAUGUGGGUUUACUUUUUUUUUUUUUUUUAAAUAUCACAUUUUGUAUUUUACUGAUGACUUUAGUGUCACACAACUGAAAUGUAAGCAAACUGUGUUAUGAGGCUUUUUCAAAUAGAGUUUUAUAAAAAAAAAUAAAAGUCAUAGAAAGAAAAGGAACUGUUCCUCAUCAAUCUGCAGCUGAUCAAAUAAUGACUGAUGUUUCCAUUCCACAGUGGUUUGUACUGCAUUAACUGUGUCUUACUCUUCAGGUUCUGUUUUUGUUUUAUUAAUGUACAGUUAGCAAUGCUGUGUUGCUGUUGAGUACAUUUUCAACCACAUUGCCAAAAGGAUGGUUUUGUACCUCAGUAUUUCAGAUAAGACACAGAGUGCAAUACACAGAAAAGCUCAUUUAAGUUUGGAAACUAAAUGUAUUUUCAUGAAUUGAUGUAAUAUUUCCUAUCAAUUAAAACACCUGAUAUUCUGAC